UGGUUCGGUAACCAAGCGAUGGCCAUGGUGAGUGGGGGCUGGGGAGAUCCCAAUGGGGGCACCAACGGGCUGGGGGACAAGAGCUACCUGAGGGGGGAGGAGGAAGACGGCUCUCCCCAGGCGGGAGGCAGCGACAUGGAGGCCGGAGACGACGACAAGUCGUGCGUGGUGGACUGCGUGGUGUGCGGGGACAAGUCCAGCGGGAAACAUUACGGCGUGUUCACGUGCGAGGGCUGCAAGAGCUUCUUCAAGAGGAGCGUCAGACGCAACCUCAGCUACACUUGCAGGUCAAACAGAGAGUGCCAGAUUGACCAGCACCACAGGAACCAGUGCCAGUACUGUCGGCUGAAGAAGUGUUUCCGUGUUGGCAUGCGCAAAGAAGCAGUUCAACGCGGACGUAUCCCCCCUCAGCCGAGCCUCAGCCCCUCUAUAACACCCAUAGGUGGCGCGAGCGGCCUCGGAGGCGGCGACUUCUAUAACAACAACAACAACAACGGGGGAAGUGGCGGGGGUCAGCCGGUGUCCGAGCUGAUUUCCCAGCUGCUGCGAGCCGAACCGUACCCCAGCAGUCGGUUUGGACACCAGUACAACCAGCAGGCGGGCCCCGAUAACGCCAUGGGGAUCGAUAACAUCUGUGAACUGGCUGCCAGGCUACUCUUCAGCACCGUGGAGUGGGCCAGAAGCAUCCCCUAUUUCCCUGAGCUGCCGGUGUCAGACCAGGUGGCCCUGCUGAGGCUGAGCUGGAGCGAGUUGUUCAUCCUCAACGCGGCGCAGUCGGCGCUGCCGCUCCACAUGGCUCCCCUGUUGGCCGCGGCCGGCUUCCACUCCUCGCCCAUGUCUGCGGAGCGCGUGGUGUCCUUCAUGGACCAGGUGAGGGUGUUUCAGGACCAGGUGGACAAGCUGACCCGGCUGCAGGUGGACUCUGCUGAGUACAGCUGCCUCAAGGCCAUCGCGCUGUUCUCACCAGAUGCCUGUGGUCUAACAGACCCAGUCCACGUGGAGUCUCUGCAGGAGAAGGCUCAGGUGGCUCUGACAGAGUACGAGAGGAUGCAGUACCCGAGUCAGCCUCAGCGCUUCGGGCGCCUGCUCCUGCGCCUCCCCGCCCUGCGUGCCGUUCCCGCCAGCCUCAUCUCGCAGCUCUUUUUCAUGCGCCUGGUAGGAAAGACACCCAUCGAGACGCUGAUCCGUGACAUGCAGCUCUCCGGAAGCUCCAUCAGCUGGCCGUAUGUCCCGGGACAGUAGCCCCCUUUAGGGACGAGGUCUCCGUCCGGGAUUUGUGACGACAAGGACCCACAGGAAACCUCCUGACUCAUCACUAUCCAUCUGUGUGGUUGUCAAACUGCAGUGCCAGCUGGCCGUCAUAUGUACUGUACUGUAAGCGCUCUAUUUCCCCCUCAUGAAACGAGCUCUCUGUCUCCACACGGGCCUCCAGUGGAGAGACGAGCCAGCGCCAGGCUGGAUCUGUCUUGUUGCCAACCCAGUCGUUCUGGUGCCAGGUCUCAGGCCAGAGACCAGCUUUUCAUGCUGGGAUCCGAUAUGGCCACCACAGCCAGUCAUGUCACCACCCACAUGCCAUAGUGACUAAAGACGCUGCAGUUUCAUGUAGAGGGCAGCAGCACCCUGCUACAAAUACAUCCAGAGGACAAAACUGUCCCACGGCUGAAAGUCGGCAGAACAAUUUCCCCCCCACACUGGGCUCAUUUUCCACAGCUCACCAUUUGUGAUACGGUGACCUUUUUAUCCACACAGCUGAUAACAUUACAAUACGGUAUCGUGAUGAGAAAGGACCGAAUGGAACAGCAGUGAACUCAAUAUAAGAGAAAGCAAAGGCCUCGUUGUUGAAGAGAAACUUUUGAAUUCACCGCGCUCUCAGCUCGACGCUGAGGACGAGGCCAACGAGCUGAUCAAAUGGAAAAGAGAGAAAAUAAAGGAAAAAAUCACCAAAGUCUAACGCAUCAUCCUCCGAGAUGGUUUCUAAAUAGAAUAAUUAGUACACAAAGCAGAGUGAAAGAGAUGAACGGACUCUUGUGACUGCCUGACCAUCAAAGUGAACAAUGCAUUUACAUUCAUUCACUACACUGUUGCUGUAGUUGAAGAUUUUUCACCGAAAAAAAAAAAGCCACAGUUACAGUACACGAGUGGACUAAUACCUCGCGAGACAUCAGAAUGCUUCAGUCUGAUAUUUCCAAAACACAAACCUCUGUAAAUGUUGUUCACCAGAAACCGCCUUCUUUUUUGACAACUGCCUUGUUAUUCAUUAUAAAUUUGGGACACAUAUGAAAUAUGAAAUGGGCACCGCAAACAUUCGUCUUGUAUCUUUUUAAAAAGGAUCCCCAAAGUGAUUUUCACUUGUGUUUCGGAUAUGAGUUUUGACUGACUGAAUAAGGAGAAUUCAGCUAUUAAACAACGUUUGGAUCGAGCUUUUUAUUAUUAUUAUUAUUAAGAAACAGCAGGCUGACAUUAACUCGGGUUCUCGUUAAACAACUCAAGAUUCAAGAAUUAGUUAUAGUUGGUGGUGAGAGAAUUUAUAACCAACACUACUAAUUAAAUACCAGUUUACGUCGAUCAAUUCUGUUUCUGGGGUUAAUGAUCCCUUUAAAGAAAAAACUGUAUUGAAAUGUAUAUAUUGAGGCCAACUACGUCUUUUUGCAUGUUCAAAUGUUGUUUUUUGGAUCUCUGCUAAGUGGAGACUGUUUAAUUCUUUUACGUUAUGUAAUUCAAGGUUCAUUUAAACAUUAAAGUAUUGCUUUCACUGUUAGCUUCUAGAUGUUUUUUUCUAUAUGUAUUUACAUGAAAAUACCUCUGUCAUCUGUUUAGAUGUCAAAACAGCAAGCUUAUCUUCAUGCCAUUACAGCUGAUAUGACACAGAGAUGCUCUUGAGUCAGUCUCUACUGUUGUGAAUGAUGUGAGACGAUACUGUAAAGGAUGGAAAUCUGGUGGGGGGGGGGGGGAACUGCACUUGGAGGACGUUCGAUGCCAAAACAUCUCGCUAUCUGUUAAAAAGCAGACGGGCCCUGAUUCUCUGGUCCACCAGGAUUUACCUCACACUGGUAUGUCAAAAGGGCGAGUUUACAAAAUCACAAGUACAAUAUUUGAAAGAAAAGAACAAGGUCAACCCUAAAUGCUGAAGUCUGUUGUAUUUACUUUUCAAACGCAAAGUAGAAGGAUGUAACUCUGCUUCUUGAUCUACCGCAGGGCCUUGUUGAAAGUUGUUUGGAUAUUCUUCUUUUAGGCAACGGCUCAAACGACCGCAUCAUCGAGAGAAAAAAACAAAAAAAACAUAAAUAUGAUAUUAAUGUUUUCUUAUCUUUGUGUUACUGAGUUCUUACGUUUUUAAAAUGUCACGUGUAUGGCAACAUUAUUAAAAGAAUCAAAAGUUGACGGUGUGUCUUUUGUUAUGUUUUGUGUUUUUUCAAACUACUUGGAAAAAGUGUUGUAAUUACAUCUGUAUGAAGAAUGCCAAAUAAACACUGCAACAUGUAC